CAAUUAACAACGGUCUAUGAAAAUUGUAAGGGUAUGAUUUUAUACUUCUUUGAAUGUUCUUUGUUUACUAGCACACGAUGUCAUAGUGUGAAUUUGGAUUGUUUACUUUAUAUAGUUACAGUUAAGGUGUAUCAGUGUAUAUGAAUGGGAAUGUAACUUACUUUAUCCUUGCGUGACCUAAAAACGACAGUCGUUAUAACACGGGUGUUCAUACACCUAUAUCGCCAGCUUAUACCAUGUAUGUUACUUUGUAGGUGAUUUUUUCAUGUAUGCCUGAUAUUUGGUUAACGUUAUAACUCAUUAGUGACCACUGGGUUGAAGCAAUUAUUACCUCUGCAUGGGUUACAGGCAGGCGCGCUAACCACUAUGCAACGCCGACGGACAGACAUUUUAGAAUAGUAAUCUUCGGCUGGGAUGUCGUUUAGCUUGUUCUUGGAGUAUACGUGAACGUAGUAGUAAUCUGUUUAAAAAAAAUAAAAAUAAACCUGUAUAAAAAAUGCAAAACAACCACGUAAAACGAGUGUCUAAAAGCUUACAACUGAAAUAACAUUACCUUUUUUAGGGGGGUCCUUUUCUUCAUUUCCUGCCGAGUUGUUUGGCUCAGCGUGUAUAGAUAAGUAUAUAGGGUUGUGUAACUGAGUUGCUUGAAUGCGAGGAAAAUAAGUUGGCACUUAGCAACACAUUACUUCCUUUGAUAAUUUAUUAAACCGAGCGCUGUGAGAUUUUCUUGUAAGUUGACAGUUUGUAAAACAAGUUCCGGGAUGCUGAAAUGGUUUCAAAAUAUUUCUGAUGAAUCUUUCAUCGCCUAGCGCUUCGUUGGUAGCUUCUGUUGUGGGUGUUAUUAAAAGAGGAUGUUCUCUUCUUACAAUACACGAGAAGUCUUUGCAUUUCUUGGAGAUUUCUCCUUUAGGCUUCCGAAAUAGUUUGGGAGUAAAUGAACCUAAAUGCCUCUUAUGAGCGGAAGUAGUUAUUGUAUAAAUAUAGGGCCGUAUCUUGCUUAGACUUCAUAAGUUAAUCAACUACAACAAGAUGGAUCAAAGACUUCUCACCAUUCUACUCAUCGGACUCGUCUGCUUCGUCAAGCAAGGAGAGAGCCGUGGCUACAACCAAAAUAGCAAUGAAGAAAAAAAGCCAGAAGAGAAAGAUUACUACUACGAUUACUACUACGCGAAUGCUAAGCUGAAUGAUAUGCCAGCCGAAGAUUACUACUACGAUUACUACUACGCGAAUGCUAAGCUGAAUGAUAUGCCAGCCGAAGAUUACUACUACGAUUACUACUACGCGAAUGAUAAGCUGAAUGAUAUGCCAGCCAAAGAUUACUACUACGAUUACUACUACGCGAAUGAUAAGCUGAAUGAUAUGCCAGCCGAAGAUUACUACUACGAUUAUUACUAUUAAAGUAGAUGAAACGUUUGUUGCCAUUAUAGUUGAGCAAUGCAAUAAAAUAAUAAUCUGAAAAA